AUGGCUAAAUUACCAAAAAUUGAUAUUGUAAAUGCUACUAAAACACAUAGUGCUAGUCUAUUCUUAUUUCAUGGUUCAGGAGCUACUGGAAGCAAUUUUAAAGAAUGGAUUGAUAUUCUAAAUAGGAAGGAAUUAAAAUUUCCACACAUAAAAAUUAUUUAUCCUACUGCACCUCUUCAAUCUUAUACACCUAAUAAUAGGAUGUCUAGCCAUGUAUGGUUUGAUCGUACAGGUAUAUUUAUUGAGGCACCAGAGGACACAGAAUCAAUAAAUUCAAUUUGCACAACUAUUACAGAAUUUAUUGAUAAUGAAAUUUCAAAUGGGAUUUCAUGUGAUAGAAUCGUUGUUGCUGGCUUUUCAAUGGGUGGAGCCUUAUCAAUGUAUUUAUCAUAUAAAUACAAAUUAUCUUUAGCUGGAUGUUGCGCUAUGUCCAGUUUUCUUAAUAAAAAUUCAUUAGUAUAUCAACAUUUGAAAAAACAUAAACAAGUACGUAUGCCACCUCUUCUGCAGUUUCAUGGUGUUGCAGAUAAUUUAAUUCCGAUACAAUGGGGUGAAGAAUCUUAUAAUAAUUUAAAGGAGCUUGGUGUAAAUGCACAAUUUGUACCAUUAGAUAAUGUAGAUCAUGAAUUAAGUAAAACUGGGAUAUUAUCCUUCAAAGAAUGGCUUACAAACAUUUUACCAGAGAAAUAA